GAAAAAGUGGCGUACUGAGAUAUCGUUUACAAUAUUAUUAUAUAGUGCAGACAGAAUGUUUUAAAAAUACUUGUGGCUAAUGGUUUUAAAGGUAUUUGUUAGUGGUGCAGUGAAAUAAUUCGUUUCCUUCGAAGCACCACAAAAUGUCCAAGUCACACUCAAAAAUCUCUCCGGCUCGGUCCCAGGGCUUCAUCACACCCCAACAACGAACCAGACGCACCCUGAGCUCUGCCUCGCCAGCUCAGUCCGAGGGCCGUCUCUCAACCGUGGUGGAGAAGUUUGUAAAGAGCGACAGGUUGGUGUUGUCACCGAUGAAGAGGAGAUCUGUGCUGCCGGAUGACACCGAUAUUGAGGCACCGAGGCGUGCAAGUUGGUGGAAGAAGCUGGAGGGAAGCUCCAGGGAUGUCCUCGAAGCCCUGGACACCAACAAGAUGCCUGACAACUUGCUCGAGGAAUAUGAGUUUGAAGUUGAAAAAGACAACAAACAGAGUCAAUCAGACCAACAGAGUCAAAGCAGCGACAACGAAUCAGUCGCCAGCAUCGUUGUACCGCAGAGAAGACUAUUCGACCAAAAGAAACAAACUCAAGCUAAAUUCGGCGACAUUAUGGGAUCACGCAAAUCCCUAGGAAGAACUAACAUCGAAGACCAAUCUAUAGAGGUCGCUCCUAAAAACCUCUUCAAUAAAGGACCUAGAAACCGACCAGUUUUUCCUGCUGCUUUACUCAACUCUACUAAUAAAACCAUAAAUAAAACUGUUGAACCAGAAAUAAACAAGCAGACUCGUCCAAAUCUCUUCGGUCAAGCUGGAACUAAAAGAAAAAACAUGUUCACUGAUUUUGUUCUGUCUGACGAUAGUGAAGGAGACUCAGAAGUACAACAUAAAGUGUUUGGUUUCAAAAAAAAUAACAAGAGAAUGAGUUUGGGUACUCGCAGUCGGCGAAUGCCGUCUCUAACGCCAAGCAUGACCACUGAAAUUGAUAUUGAUGAUUGGAAUCUUUUACCAUCUUCUACUAUGAUUGGGGCGCAAGAAGCUUCACAAAUUAGCGAUAAAGAUAUAGAAAUGCAAGACGAAAAUCAAGAUAAUACGCUUACAGACGACAUACCUUUAAAUCACACCAAUAAUACGAGCGUGAUACAAGAUGAAGAAAAUGAUAAAACACUUACAAAUGAAAACAUAGAUGUCAACAAAACUCAAGAUGGAAAUGUAAAGGAUGUGUCUAAAAGAGUGAACAAAACACGUGAGAAAAGCAAACUUAAUUCAAGUGCCAAAGAUAAAUCUUUGCAAAAUAAGUCUACUAAGCCAAGUGCCAAUAGUACUAAUACUAAAAAUAUGGAAACAGAAGAAGUGAUUGUUGAGCAACAACAAAAUAACACCGUCGCUGAUAAAAAUACUCGAUUAGCUGACAAUGAACAAUCGUUAGAAGACAAAAUGGCUGAAAUACAUGGAGAAAGUGUUGAAAUUGAAAAGAGUCGACUAAACACAGUAUCAAACAAAACAGGAGAAAACAUAGGUGUCGACAAGAGUCAAGAUGUAGUACCAAAAGAUGUUUCUAAGAAAGUAAACCAAACAUACAAUAAAAGUAAAAGUAAAUUGAAUACAAGUGUCCAAGAUAAAUCUUUACAAAACAAAUCUACUACCCAAGCUACCAAUGAUGCUGAAAAUAUGGAAGAAGUGGUUGCUAAGCAACAACAAAAUAAUGCUGCCGCUGAUAGAAAUGCUCUUUUAGCUGAAAAUGAACGAUCAUUACAUGGUGAAAUGGCUGAACUACACGGAGAAAGUGUUGAAAUAGAAAAAAGUCGACCAAAUGAACAGGAUCAUAAGAAUGGUUCUGAGGCAGCUCACAAAACAAAUCAUGUUGAAGAUAUGGGCGUUAUGUCUGGAAAAAAUAAAAGUAAAGACGAAAUAGAUGCCGACAUAGAAGAACCAGAAAUUAACAAUAGCAAAAAAGAAAUAGAUCCAACUCUUGAAGAAGAAAAUCAAGUUCAGUCAGAAGCAUGUAAAACAAAUGAAGAUAAGGACAAGAGUAAAGAAGAAGAGGAAAAGGAAGAAAGCGAACAAGAACACAGUGAAGAAGAGCAAGAACAAAGUGAAGUAGAACUAGAAAAGAAUGAAGUAGAACAAGAACACAGUGAAGAAGAACAAGAACAAAGUGAAGUAGAAGCAGACCAAAGCGAAGUAGAACCAGAACAGAGUGAAGAAGAACAGGAACAGAGCGAAGAAGAACAAGAACCAAGUGAGGUAGCUCAAGAAGAAAGUGAAGAGGAACAGCAAGAAAGCGAAGAAGAGCAGGAACCAAGUUUAGAUGAUCAGGAGAAUGAGAAUCAAACCGACGAAGCCAUCAGAGAUCAAGAUGAGGAAAUGCCUCCAGCAGACCAAGAUGAGGAGAUGGAAGAAAUGGUGUGGAAUGAUAACGAUGAGGAUAAGCUUAGUGAUGUUGCGGAAAAGGAACUUGCUACUAAAUCAGAACAAAUUAGCAAGAACCUCAGCAAACUGAAGCAUAUAGACAAAAGUAAAAAUAUUACAAAUAAGAGUCACAAAAUCGUAGACGAGUCUGCAGAUAACGAUAAAAUUGAGGAUGAGAACGACGUAGUAGAAGGAACGCCAAACAAUUCAACACACGACACGACAGGUCGAAAUAGGAAAAAAGACGUUUCUAAAAUCAAAUCACCAGAAGCAGUAUUACAAAAUAUAACUACAGAUAACGAAUCGUUCAGGCCUAUAGGUCGCAGUACCACUUUCAGAAAAUCUAAAAGUGUAUACGGAACUAUGAAUAUGGGGCACAGUUUAGCACCAGACCAAGAAAGUACUUUAGGCAAUGAAGGCUCGAGAAAUUCAAGCACAGAGGGCUCAGAAUGGGAUUCACAUCGCACCACUAGAAAAACUAUACGUCAGACUUUAGGAAAGGAAUAUACUACACGCAAAUCCUUGCGUGCUUUAGUAAUGGAGCAGUCUGCUAAACGUCAGACUGAACUUUACAAUAGAACUGCAUCAAAGUUUGAUAAAACUAAAAACAAAACGGUUACAGAAGACGGAAACGAUAAAAAUGCGUCGAAGAUGAACAAAACAGUCGUCGAAGACGGUAAUAACAAAAACGCAUCUACAAUUAACAAAACACAAAAUAAGACAGUCAUUGACGACGCUAAUAACGAUAACGCAUCUAACAAAACCAAAAACAAAACAGUUUCAGAAGACAUCGACCAUCAACAUAUCCGUUUUCGCAGAUCAAAUCGUGUUUCAAGCAAUCAGUCUCCUAAUUUGAAAUCCCCUGUGCAUGACACCUCGAUUCAUCAUGUGCCCGACCCACUUAUUUCAGAACAUCAAGUAUCUUACCAUAAAUCUCGGGCUCUUAUAUCUGAGAUUAUCUCUAACCCUGAUCAAUCAGUAAGCACACCAGAUAAUAAUGACUCCGGGCCAGAGAUAUCAAUGAAUGCAUCUUAUGGGCAAGGGAUGUCUGCAUCUGGCCAUGAAAUGCAAGAAACUGCAGAUAAAAUUAUUAACAAAGAUAAUUCACGCCGCAGCACUUCGAUACACUCAAAAUCUUUACAGCACAGUGAAGAGGUUUUAGACUAUGAAGCGUCAGAACAAGUAAUAUCUGGUCUUGAAGGUCAGGACGAUUCAGAACAUGAAUCUAUGAAUGAAAAGGAAUCGGAACCGGAAAAUGAAGAAAUUGAACAGUCCAAACAGGAAGCAGAAUCUGAAGUAGAACAUGAAGAUUCUCAACAGGAAAUAGAAGCGGAUUCUGAACACGAAACUCAAGAAGAGAUUGAAGAAUCCCAACAAGAAAUCGUAUCGGAUCAAGAGGAAAUCGAAGACGAACAUGAAGAGUCUCAACAAGAAAUAGAAUCAGAACAAGAUAUGGUAGAUGAACAAGACGAAUCUCAACAAGAGAUAGAUGAACAAGAUCAAUCUCAACAAGAAAUAGAAUCAGAUCAGGAGGAAUCUCAACAAGAGAUAGAAUCUGAGCAUGAACAGGAAUCCGAAAAUGAUGUAUCUCAAGAACAGGAAAGUGAUCAUGAUAUUAGAAACUACGAAACAGACCAAGAUGAUGACUUUAUAUCAGCACUGAAUUCUAAAUUCCAAACACCGGAAAAACGUGGAGCGUCAAGAGUAGUUUUCGACAGUAAUAUGAUGUCAGUUGAUGAGAUUGAUUUUGAAGGCGUGUCUAGACAAACUAAUGAUGUUACUGAGAAUACUGAGUCUGAAAGAGAAUCGGAAUUAAGACAUAGUGGGUCGUUCCGAAGGGCUUCGGAACCGAGGGUACAGGAUGUAUCGGUUGGGACGAAGAAAUCUAUGCUGAUGAUGCAACUGCAGAAAAUCACGCAAGAGAAUGAGGAACGGAGGAUGAAAAUUAGAGAAAGCGUCCAAAAAUCGCUAAAACCUACACGCUACAAUUUCAACGCAACGUCUCCCGUCCAGCGCAAAUAUUCCAUCCGUCGCAUGACUGAGCCUAAGAAACCUAGACCAAAGGCUAAACCUACAGGGGUACCUACAGACACCUUGCCUAAAGCGUUUUACGAAGACCUUAUGUAUAAGCCCCCAAAGAGAUUUCAACCAGCCACCGCCCCAUGGAUAACUAAAAGGCUGUACAAAUUUUUGGAAACCAAAUUGGAACCCAAAUACGACUACCGCGCCCGAAUUCGCGCCGAAGAGCUCGUCCAGACGAUCUUCAGCUUCGCUAAACUAGUGCGGCGCCACGACGCCGCGCCCGCGCAGGCUGUGGAGGAGCUCAAGAAGGAGAUGGCCCGGCUGCGAGUGGUCACCACUCACUAUGAAUUCUAUGACUUCUUCCAUGAGUUCAUGCCACGGGAGAUUAGGAUUAAGGUAAAUCCGGACGUGGUGAACAGAAUCCCGAUGCCUCGGAACGGAAUAUUUUCGGAAAUACUCCCGCCCCGCUCUGUGGUCGAGUGAAUUGUGUUUAAAUAUUAUUAUUAUCAUGUAUGAAAGUUAUUUGUUUAUUAAGUAUUAUAAGUUUUACAUGAAA